GCUAUACUUUUUUUUUUGAAGACUAUUGCUAUACUUUUUGUCACUUUCCUGUUCUGAAAAAGAAAUUUCUCCAUACUUUCAAGGGGGUACUCAGUUCUUAUCAAAAAAAAAAAAGGGGGGGUACUCAGUAGGUGACAUUACUUCAAAAUAAAAUUUUAGCUGAAACCUCAUUAUCUAUAGCAAUUUUUCUUAUCUGCGGUACUUCUAAAUUCUAUUCUACUAUUUUUUUCUAAGAUAUUUUACAUUUUAAAGUCUCUUCUUUGAUUCAUGACUUUCCCAUUUGAGCACUCAGUUUUUUUUUCUUGCUUUAGUUGAAAACCCAAGUUGAACUUUGUCUUCCUAUUUAUGAUUCUUAAAUUCUUUGCCUUUUAUUUUACUUUGAGAAUCUAGAUCAUAUGAGUUUUAUUUUCAUUUUGGGUAGGAUUUGAAUACUUGGGGUAUGGUAUAGAUUUCCUUGUUUGAUUUACAUACCAAGGGGUUAGAGAGAGAGAUGGCAAUAGCUCGGUUUGGUCGCCAAGCAAAACGCCCACAUGGGUUCUGUUUGAAGAUGACAGCAGUGGCUGUAUUGGGUCUGUGCUUCAUCUUUGUGUGGUCUAUGUUUUCUUCUACUUCCUCAUCUGUGGUCUCUCAAAGGGAAAGUUUUGAUGACAUAGCUGAACCUGUAUCGGCCAACACUAAGCCAAGUAAUUCAGGGACUCAAUCUAAGAAGAAACAAGUGGAAAAUCAUGAAUCUAGUAAAGAAGAUAAGAGGGUGAAGGUUGAAUCUGAUUUGGAUAGGAAAGAUGGUAAAAGGGUUAAUGGGUCUGUGGCUUUGGUUGUUGAGGAGGAGCAUAAGUCUGGGAAGAAGGAUGAGAAAGAAGUAGCAAAGGAGAAGAGAGAGAAAGGUAAAAAGUUACCUCAGGGAGUUGCUAAAAAGAAUGAUGAGCCAAAGCAAUCUGAGGCUGAAGAUUCACAGAAAGAAAAAGAAGAACAAGAAGAAGAGGAGGUCUUGGAUGGUGAGGAUGGGAUAGACAUUGAUGGUGAAGAUAAUGGGGACAAAGAAGGUGAUUUGGCCGAGUCAGUGGAUCAGGAAUCUGAGGAGAAGUUGGAAGAUGGGGGUGGUGAAUCAAGGAAUAGGGGAAGGAAGAGAAAGAUAAAAGGUCCAUUGUUUGAUCCAAAAGCACAUUAUAUUUGGAAAUUGUGCAGUACAAGGAGCAAGCAUAAUUAUAUGCCUUGUAUUGAUAUUGAAAGUGGCACGACAAAGCUGCAGAGCUAUCGGCAUACAGAGAGGAGUUGCCCAAGAACAUCUCUGAUGUGUCUUGUUCCGCUUCCUCAUGAUGGUUAUGGGACGCCAGUGCGUUGGCCUGAGAGCAAAUUGAAGAUACUGCACAGGAAUGUGGCCCAUCCAAAACUUGCAGCAUUUGUUAAGAAACACAGUUGGGUGGUGGAGUCUGGAGAGUAUCUUACUUUUCCUCAAAACCAAUCUGAGUUCAAGGGUGGAGUUCUUCACUACCUUGAGUCCAUUGAAGAGAUGGUGCCAGACAUCGAAUGGGGAAAGAAUAUCCGUCUGGUACUGGACAUCGGAUGUACGGAUUCAAGCUUUUCAGCUUCUCUUCUUGAUAAGGAGGUACUAGCAUUGUCACUAGGCUUGAAGGAUGACCUAGCGGACGUAGCCCAGGUUGCCCUUGAGCGUGGUUUUCCUGCUGUAGUUAGCCCUUUAGGAACUAGAAGGCUUCCUUUUCCUAGUACUGCAUUCGAUGCUAUUCAUUGUGGCGGGUGCGGCUUGUCUUGGCAUUCUAAUGGGGGUAAGCUCCUUCUAGAGAUGAAUCGGAUUUUAAGGCCAGGUGGAUACUUUAUUUUGUCAACUAAACAUGAAAGCAUUGAAGAAGAAGAAGCCAUGUCCAGAUUAACAGCAUCUAUCUGUUGGAAUAUUCUGGCUCAUAAAACUGAAGAAGUCAGUGAAGUUGGUGUCAAAAUAUAUCAGAAGCCUGAAUCAAAUGGUAUAUAUGAAUUGAGAAGGAAGAAAAAUCCACCGCUAUGCAAGGAAAAUGAAAAUCCAGAUGCAGCCUGGCAUGUUCCUAUAAAGACUUGCUUGCACACCAUUCCAUCUGCAAUUGAACAACAUGGGACAGAGUGGCCUGAGGAAUGGCCUAAGAGGCUUGACACUUAUCCUGACUGGUUGAAUGACAAAGAAAGAGUGAUUGAAGACACAAAACACUGGAAAGCUAUUGUUGACAAGUCUUAUCUCACUGGAGUUGGCAUUGACUGGUCAAAUAUACGGAAUGUGAUGGACAUGAAAGCCAUCUAUGGAGGAUUUGCUGCAGCUCUCUCUCAACAGAAGGUUUGGGUGAUGAAUGUAGUCCCAGUCCAUGCACCUGAUACGCUUCCUUUCAUUUAUGAGCGUGGGCUUGUUGGCAUCUACCAUGAUUGGUGUGAGUCUUUUGGUACUUACCCAAGAUCGUAUGAUCUUUUGCAUGCUGAUCAUCUCUUCUCGCGGCUCAAGAACAGGUGUAAUAAGCCUGUAUCCAUUGUUGUUGAGAUGGAUCGUAUUCUGCGGCCUGGAGGUUGGACUAUUAUACGUGAUAAGGUGGAGAUAUUGGAUCCAUUGGAGGGAAUAUUAAGAAGUUUGCACUGGGAGAUCCGAAUGACUUAUGCUCAGGACAAGGAGGGCAUCAUAUGCGCUCAAAAAACCUUGUGGCGACCUUAAAAUCUCUAUCUGUGCGACUUGUGACAGUAUGGCCACAAAUUCUACUAGAAAAUGCUCGGUCUUCUUUUACAAGAAAACAAGGUGAAAGCUUUUCGGCUCCCUUUUGUAAUCCCCCCAAAAAAACAUAUACUGAUUCUUCAUUUUUGGUGCGAAGUAUACUGAUUCUUGAUUGUGUUAACACGGAUACUAAUUGGACAUCACCAUAUUAGGUUUU